CACCAUUUAAAUUUCAGGUAUGUAAAUUAGCUUAUUGACAUUUUCGGCUUUGUAUAAAAGCAUAAUUCAGAUCUCAUGAGUAAUUUUAAUUCAAUACCUCCUACGCCAAAAAGGAAAAGUAGUCUGUACUCUGCGACAUCAGCUACGUCGUCAAAUCGUUCUUUUGUGGGCUCGGUCUACGAUCGAACGAAAAACGCUGCUAUAGGCAGAUCAAGUAAUAUAGGAAGAAGUAUGCAGCAACAACAGAAUUCAGGAGAAGGUGGAGGUGGAGGUGGAGGAGCCAUAAGAAACCUCUUUCAAUCAAUCUAUCUCAAUCGGAGCAACAGUAAUAACAGCACUAAUACUAACAACGAACAGCAGCAGCAACAUCGUACAGAUACGAAUGAUGAUUUAUCCUCUCCUUUAACGACAUCCGAAUACUUUAAGCGGUAUGAAUUAAUGACAGAGUAUAUCAACCUGAGGAAUCCAAACCAUUGUCCUUUAGGCAUAUAUGUAUUACCGUCAGAAGAGAAUUUUUAUGAAUGGUACGGCAUCAUCUUUGUACAUAAAGGGUACUAUCGAUCAGGCGCGUUUAAAUUCAUCAUUGAUAUACCACAUGAAUACCCCAAUAAAGGACCUUCAAUCCGAUUCUUGAAUGACAUGUUUCAUCCUCUCGUGGAUACUAAUGGAGCAGUCAAUAUAUCACAGCAAUUUCCUGUGUGGCGGCCAUAUCAGGAUUACAUCUUCCACCUUCUGCAUUAUGUGAAAAGCAUGUUUAAAAAAGCGGUAUUGGAAAAAGUAAAGGAAAAACAUAGCUAUAACAAAGAGGCUUACCGAUUAUACAAGCUGGAUAAGAGUGUUUUUGCAAAAUUGUCAUAUCAAUGCGCACAGCUAUCUAUAUCAGAUACCUAUUUAUACGAUACAUAUCCGAUUCAAUUUUCACCGUUAAGCGAUGCAAAAUUCGAUGAGUUAAAAGCUUUAAUGCUACGUAGUGCUCUUAGACCUGAUGAAAUAUUACCAAAAACAGAAAACGGCAUGUAUUCGUCAGAAAAUGCAGCUCCAGAAGAAGAAGCGGAUGCAGAUGUGGGAAUAAGAGAUGCCUUAUCAAAUAACUCAUAAUAUCGGAAGACGCAAAGUCUUGUCAUUAAUUGCACAAUCAUGCAAAUAUCAUAUAUUAAUGUAUAAAUGCUCAUAUUCAUAUAGAAACACCUUUGUUACUUUGUACUUAUAUUAAUUUCCAUGCGUUUAUAAAGCCUUCUGAAGCUCAC